UUCGUCCAAUCAUAGGAGGCGCGACUAGUUCCUCCGAGGAGAAGUUUCCUGGCUGCUGCUGGUGCUGCUUCGAGGGCGAUGCGGGCGGAGGGGGAUCUGCGCGGGGCCUACGCGGCCUUCUACCGGCGGAGCUGGGCCCGGGGCGAGGCCGGCGUCUGCCGCGAGGAGGCCCUCAAGGGCCCCGCCAGGCGCCUCCUGCUCUCGGCCUCUGCGGCGGAGGGGCGGCUGGGGAGGCUGCGCGGGCUCCUCCUCCCGGGGAAGAAGGGGGAAGCCUCGGAUCUGCUCCGGCUGCGGAGGGCGCUGGAGUUCCUGGAGCUGCUCUGCGUCAACCUCUUCCUCUCCCCCUGGAGGAAGGAGAUCCGGGCCCUCAAGACCUUCACAGGGCGUUUUGUCUACUGCCUGGGGUCCGUUCUCCCGGAGGCGGCUGUGGAGAGGCUGCUGGGGGAGAUCGGCUACGUCGCGACCAGCGCCACGCAGUUCUCGCUGGCCAGGAAGUUAAGCCAGGAGGAAGCGGAACAAGCCGCCUUUGAGCUCUUCCUUGCCAGGAUUGAGUGCGAAGACCUCCUUGAAACUACAGAGGAAGCGAGAGACGGCCGUUUGGGGGAUCUCUUGUUGCAGAAACGAGCCCAAAGGCCCCAGCAACCUGGAAGAGACCUAGAUGAAAAGCACCAGAGAAAAGGACAUGUGCUUGUCAGCGGACAAAGCGAGGCGCAAGGUGGCCAUAGUCCUCAAGAGACAUACCUGGCCCACAGCAGCCUGGCCUCUGAAGGAGCUGAGAAUACUCCGCUCAGAAGUGAGGUUGGUCUCAGAUGUCCCACAGAAGAAUCAUCACAAACAGCUAUUUCCAAAUGCAUUCCAGAGCAAAGCAUGACCCCUCAGGGAAGCUCAGUAGGCGUUUCCUCAAACUCCUGCAUUAAAAGCUCUGACAGUGAGGAUUUCCUGAUUAAAUACAGUGACAUUGUCAUUGGGCAGAAGCCUCUCCAUCUCUCAGAUCUCUCUUCAAAAGCAUCAGCCAGUGAGACUCAGGCCGUGGGAUUCGUUGAGGCAAGACUGGGCCCUCCAGCCAAAGGAGGACAGUCGCUCACUUUUCUGUCUCCUGAUGCUAGUGGUCCACAGGCUUUGGCGAUACUUAAUCAUGACGCUUUGGGAAACGGCCACCUUUAUGACUAUGGAACCCAAGAGUCCUGUAGGGACACAGUGGAAUCUAAGGUUUGCGAUGCCAUAGACUGCCUGAGCAUUCAUGGUUCAGAUCCUACAGACCAACCCAAAGAAUUGAAAGGCAACAUUGCACAACACAGCAGUACAAACAACUUCCCUAGAGAAGAAGAAACGUGUGACUUAUUCUCUAACAAGAAGCUAAAGAUCGAGGAAAACUGUGCUGGGCAACUGAUGUAUCCUGUAGAGGAAACGGCACAAAUGGAGCAGAGAACUACCAAGAGUGGUAUCCAAGUGUUUGAUCAUUCCACACCAAAGCUUGCAAAUCUGCCCAGUGGAAACAGAGAAGACUUCAACAUUGACCUCUAUUCAUCCCCGGACCUCUUCUGUAAUAUCACUGGCUGUAAGUGUCCUGCUGUUGAUUCAACUUACAGCAGACUCAUAGUAGGCAUUCCAGUUGCAUCUGAAUCUGAGGGGUGCUUUAGGCAUGUUGGAGAGCAGCCCAGUUCGUCCUGUACUGUUAUACCUGAGAUCCCUUAUCAGGGUGGCUUUCCAGCAAGUCUUCAGUGCAGGAGGGAAAGAUGUGCUCUCCACUCUUCUUUGGCAGACUUUAAUACUUGCCUUACACCACUGAGUGAAACUGAUCCAGAGGGUUAUGUUAUUAUAGACAAGAAUGAGUAGGAGACAAGGCCAUGGAUACAUUCCACAUUCAAACCCCAAACUGUGAAGUCGAAGGCUUUCAUGGCCGGCAUUCAUAGUUUUUUGUGGGUUUUUCAGGCUAUGUGGCCAUGUUCUAGAACAUCUUCCUGAUGUUUCUCCAGCAUCUGUGGCUUUGGCAUCUUCAUCUUCUCUGAAGAAGCCAGCCACAGACGCCGGCGAAACGUCAGGAAGAAACUCUUCUAGAACAUGGCCACCUAACCCAAAAAACCCCACAAAAAAACUAAACACCAAACUAGCCAAGAGACAGGAAGUACAGUACCCAAAUGUAUACACCUAGUACCAAGCAGCAGCUACUUAUUCUGCUUCUCUCCAUAGCUACCAGCCGUCUCCAGAAGAAAUGAGAGGAAAACAGUUAUCAGAAUCCAUCAGGGAGUGUAUCACAUGUGCACGCAUGCCUUCUCUCAUUAAUCUGCCCAGCUCCAAUCUCUCUCUUCAGGAUUUGGUCUCUCUGGGCACAGGAGUUGUAGGUAGAAGCACACUAAUGAGAUUCAAAGGCAGUAGUGGCUACCUUUGGCCCUCUAGAUUUGAAUUCUUCACAAGUCCUUCCCAGCAUGGUCAGUGGUAAACCAUUAUGGGAGUUAAAGUCAAAAGCAUCUGGAAAGCCAAAGGUUUCCCAUACAUUCCAAAGGGUCACCAAAGCAGGGAGGAGGGAACAGAUACCCUUUCUUUGCAUUGCUAUAUUAGUGAGCCUAAAAUGUGUCCAGAAUGAAGGGGAACUCCUAAGUACAUGAAAAACAAGUGCUUUGCUGUACGUUGCUUUAAAAGUUCUCCCCCAUCUCCAUGCCAGUAGUGGCCUAUUUUAAACAAAUACUAAUGUUAUAUGACUUGGGACAAAAUCCUGCAUCACACUAUUGGACUGUUCAAUAUUGGAUGGAGCUGCUGAUUUUCUCCACCUGCUAUUACCAAAAGAAUGUUACAUCUAUAUAUGACAAGAACAUGGUGCCUUGAUAGUAGAAUUCAAAGAUACAGCCAUGUUACUCUGUAGAAUCUCUCUACCUAAUGGUGCCUUGGUGUUAUGAAACCAUUUACUUUUGGUUUUGCUUGUGCCUUCAUUUGAGUUACUUACGGGUAUCUUUAUAAACAUGCACUGUGUCAAUGAUUUUGCACAUAGUAAUGCAGAAGGGGAGGGGGUAUGCAGAAAUAUAGAGAAAGGAAUGGAAUUGCAAAUACAUGAAGUCCUUCAUUGACUGGAUUUGAGACAAUCCCUGGAUAGUUGGACAGGAAGGGGGAAUAGGAACAUAGCCUGAGGUGAGGUGGAAGGGGUAGCCUUUAACUGCUUUUGUAACAGGACAGGUUGUCUCUAUGCAAGAGGAAAUGCAAAGAGCUACGUGGAGUGUGAGUUGAUCAGCAAACCCAUUUAGUGUUUAUUUUGGUACUAUCUAGCUCUCUUACCUAUCCUGGGGUCAGCAUGACCCCAUGCCUAGGUUGCAGAGAUCAUUGUGACUUCUCAAAACACAUCUUAUGCUAGUUAUUAAUUAUGGAACCCCAUAUCCAACAAGAGGGGUGUAGGGUAUGCAAACAGCACACACAUGCAUAGGUUUCUUGUGCGGAGCCUUGUAUAAUUAAGGUCUUUAUUCCAUGGCCACACGGCCCUACUGGUGAGAAAUGACUACUCCUGAUCUAUCUCUUCUAAGGAAACAUACUUUUUAAAAAUAUAUAUGCUACUUCUCAAUGCCACUUUAUUCCAUUUUUUACUUGGUUUCUUUUGUGGAAGUCCCCAAGAAUUAACCAAAGACUUUCAGUGCAUUGCUCCGUCUCUCUUUGCUCUGAACAACUGGAAUUUAAAUUUUGAAAACAUGGACCAUUUAUAAUCGCAAUGGAAAGAGCUAUUUAGAACGCUUGCUAGUAUUUGCAGACUAGGGGACCAUAGUGGAAAAAUAAUCUCUGCCAAACUAUUUCUAUGUCGGCUUGGAAAAGUUUAUAUUUGUAUAAUAAAAGUAUGCAAAAGGAAA